AUGCGGAUGGGAACGCGUACCCCGGGGAUGAAGUUGAAGGACUUCGCUAUUCACAUUUCAGAGAUUGACAUCGCUACAGGGAGAACCAUCACCCCGCCUCAAGUGAUCCGCGAAUCCCCCUUCGGCAUCGCCGAAGGCUCACACAUCAUUCGCAAAGGGAAGUAUUAUUAUCUUUUCACUGCCGAAGGCGGUACGGAGGCUGGCCAUCAGGAAUGGGUUCUUAGAAGCGAAACGGGACCAUACGGUCCGUGGGAGGGGCAAGGUAGGGCAUUGUGGUACAACCGACCCGAUGAGGAGGUCCAGAGGACUGGCCACUGCGACGUUUUUGAGGACUAUCAAGGACGGUGGUGGUCUGUAAUGCUUGGUGUUCGUCCUGUCAAGUUUGGGGACAAGUACAUCGAGCCUCAAAUGGGUCGAGAGACCUUCUUGGUUCGAGUCGACUGGCAGGACGACUGGCCCGUCUUUAACCAAGGCCGCAACAUUACGCUUCAAACCGUUGGUAGGGAGCCAAUCCAGAAGGUCGCUGUGGCAGACGAGAACAGAGUCAAGUGGAAGGCAGAUCUGGCCAAGCCCUCUCUUGAUAUUGGAUGGUACCACAAAAAGCGUCCGGGCCACCUUAGACUUUACGGCAACUGCUUCGAUCUCGACAGUCCUGAGUCACCAGCGAUGCUGUUGAGGAAGCAGUCAUCCUACAAUGAGACACUAAGGGCGAAGAUGCUGUUCAAACCCAGCAGAGCAGGAUACGAGUCCGGUGUCACCGUUUGGUGGAGCCAGUAUUCUUACGCUACCAUUGGCAUUGGUGCAGUUCAACCAGGAGGCGGAAGACCGGCUGUCCCAACCAUCGUUAGGAGAGAGCCAACAGGCAAGAUUAACGAACUCAGGCUCACGUACCCACUACUGGUGUCUGGCGAUUCUUCGGGAUCCUCUCUGGAUCUGAACAAGCCCGUUCAACUUACGAUCACAGCCAAGCCCACCGAGUACGAGAUGAGCCUCUCUGUUGGUGAGGUAGAGACGAGACUUUCUUUCCCAUCAGAGGCUUUGACCGUAUUCCCUCCCGUCGGCGGGGCCUUUUGUGGCGUCAUGUAUGGCGUGUAUUCAAUCGGCCGAAGCGAACCAGUACUAGAUCCCUCGGACUUCACCGAUAUUGAAAUCUUGGAGACGUAG